AUGAUACCACCUGAAGAAGCACCCGAGUACACGAGUGAGCUCAAGCUCCUGAGUCCGGUGUCUCCAAAGCCCGUCCAUUAUCCAGUGCCUUCCAAUAUCCCAGUCCUCGAGAACCAGAUCGAUCCCGUCUUCAACCAGACAGGAACCCAUAUGGCCGAAGCCGCUCAUCACCAACUACCGCCUCCGAUGUACGCCGAUCAACGAGCUGGCGCCUAUGAUCAGAGCCUCCAUUCUCAACACCAACAACAACAGCAGCAACAAGCUGUUCAACAUGCACAGGCCCAAUCUAACCAUCCUGAAGCCUACAUGACUCAACAGGCAGGUCAAGUCGGACAGGGUCAAGCCCCACAGGGCCAUCAGGCUUAUCAUCAGGCGCAAGAGCAAGCAUCGGUUGGCAUGAAUAGUCAGACCAAUCAAGUUUAUGGCGAGAAGUACUCGUACCAGCCUGCCUCGUCUGGCGUCGUGGCCUCUUCUGACGCCUCUGCGCAUGCCACUGCUUCUGUUCCAUCUGACAUUCCUUAUCCUUCUACUGCUGCCCAUCAUCUCCCUGCCUUGCCAAUCCAUACCAACAACGAAGCUUCCUUCCAGAGCAACUCCUUCCAUCCUCAAAGCCAACCGACAGCCAGCGCUGGCGCAAACGAACUCCCUCCUGGUGUUGAAGCCAAUAGUCUGCAGAGCUUGCUCAACAACUUCUCACAACCUACCCAUAGUCAGGCCCAGUCCACCUCUCCCUCGUCCCAGGUCGCGCAAUCUCCUCCGAAUGCCGCCGCCUCGGCCCAUGCCACCCAACAAGACCAAGCCUAUUCGACCUACGCCAACAAAUUCCAAGCUCAACAAGCUCAGCAAGCGCAGUCGCAGCAGCAGCAGCAACAACAGCAGAACGGAGAAUAUGCAAGCAACAACGUAGGAGCCAACGGACUGCCACCUCCGCCCGUCGCUUCCUUCCAGCAAGCCAUGAAGCUCGAGAGUCAGCGUGAGAGAAAACAAGCAGCAGGAGAGGUUUUGGAUGAGGACGAUCAGCCGUGGACACCAGAGACACAACACCGUUACGACAACUUCCUGACCGAGGAGCGAAAGUACGUGACAGAAGGCAACUGGGAGCAGUUCCCAUACGGAUCGAGACUGUUUGUCGGCAACCUUUCUAGUGAGAGGGUUACGAAACGCGACAUUUUCCACGUCUUCCACAAGUAUGGUGAUCUGGCCCAAAUCUCCAUCAAGCAAGCAUACGGCUUUGUGCAGUUUCUGGAAUCCAAGGGUUGCUCCAAAGCCAUUAGCGCCGAGCAAGGAAAGACGAUUCGUGGCAAGAAGAUUCACCUCGAAGUGAGCAAACCUCAGAAGAACCGCAACUCCGAUCCUCGCGCCCCCCGUCGCUCACGUUCACCCGACACUGGCAGAGCAGGCAGCUCCUCGGUAGUGCAAGAUCGUUAUUUGCCAGGCGACAGAAGAGCAGAAAGAGAUCGAGAUAGAGACAGGGACAGAACUAGAGACAGAAGAUCUCGCGAUUACCGUCCGGGAAGAUCUCCUUCACCGCGCUCUCCCAGAUCCCCCAGGAUACACCGCGCUCGCGACAGAAGCAGGGACAGAUACGAUGCGCGAUACAGGAGCAGGUCGAGAACACCGCCCUACAGCGGUCGUGCCAGCCGUUUCCGCAGUCCCAGUCCGAGGAGGCGCAAUAGCGACGAUGAUCUGCCCCUCCCGAGAAGAGCUCCACGCGAUGUUCCGGAUGUGCAGAUUAUCGUUUUGGACGACCUCGAUCGCAACUUCAUAGCCUGGCUGGAGCACUCAUUCACCCUCCAAGGCAUUCGCGUCGACGUCUUGCUUCUGUCUCCACGUCUGUCUGAAGCCGCUGUCGUUCGUCGUCAGAUUCUUGAGGGUGUUCUCGCUGUUUCGCGCAUCACUCGCAUCAACCAACAAACAGCAAAGAUUCCCCUUCAGAUCUUCGAUCGUCGUGCUGGUAUUGAGAAUGUGCGCUUCGACGAGUACGACAAUCUCGAUCCUACUAUUGCAGCUCAACUGGUCCUCCGCGCAAAGGCUGCUCCUGCUUAUGCACCACCUCAGCCCGUGCCUGCUCCUGUGCAGUAUGGUUAUGGAGCUGGAGUCACUGCUGCUCCCAACUUAUCCAACCUGAUCACUUCUUUGGAUCCUACUGGCUUGCAGAAGCUUCUCGGUGUCAUGCAGCCACCCGGUAUUCCGACUGGCCCACACCCUGGCCUCCCUCCUGCUACUGCUCUGACACCAGACUUGGCAAAGCUCCUUGGUAAUGCUGCUGCGAUUCGGCCACCACCUCCAUUGUCAUCACCAGGUAUCCAAACACCUGGUAUACAGUCUCCGCCUUCAUUCAUCCAUCCACCUCACCCCCAUCAGGACCCGCUGGCUGCGCUGAGAAACAAUCCCGCUCUAGCGAACCUGCUCGCUCAACAGCAGCAGCAACAGCAAUCACCUCAAAAUAUUGCCGCUCAUUUGGGCGUUCAAACACCUGAUCUGAGAUCACCUGUUCAGCCUCAGCGACAACAUGGUCUUCCUAAUGGUGGACAGCCUGAUAUGGCCGAUAUACUUGCCAAACUCGGAUCUUAUAGGCGAUAG